UGAUACUUGCUCAGCUUCUAGAAAGGAUGUUUGAUAGACGGGAGGAGUCGAUGUUGCUCAUGCAAGUUGUAAGACUCGGAAAAGUGACUUCUGGGCUUCCUGCAGGUAGGUAAUGGCUGCAGGCCACUCUCAGAGCUGUCCCUGCUGCAGUGGCCCAAGUGGCUGCCUGGUGCUGCUGAUCACUCCUACCUCUCUGAACAUAAAGCCACCGGGAUUUUUGGCUGCCUGGCACCAGCCCACUUCCUGCAUUGCAGAGACGUGCUCCCUUGGGGACCCCCAACAAGAACUCCCACUCUCCUGUGAUUAAAGACCUGGUUGGGCUGUGGGUUGGCCAAGUCUUCUCCAUGGGCCAGCGCCACUGCCUCCUGGCCACCUGGCCACAGGCAGGCAGAGCACGCCUGCGGGCGCUGGGCUGUUAGUGGUAUGCUCUCCAUCCAAAGGCAGUCGUUACAUCCAGCCUCUCUCCCUCACUCUUGGAGAGAUGCUAAAGGAUUUUUGAUCCCUACAAAUCUCCUCCAGCUUCUCUUUCUCCGAGGAAAAUAUGGGUGGUUUUUUUUCCUUUCUGCCUUCACCUUCACCAGAGACCUGGUAAGGGGCAGCGGAGGCUCUGUCAGCGCUGUGGGGUGGUCCGUACGGCGGCACUCCCACCUGCCUAAGCCCCAGACAGACCAGACAAUUCUGUGGAUGAUCCCUGGAAAUACAGAAAACUGCAUUUUUCAGCCUAAGAGAGGUAAAGGCCAGGAAAGCAGAGAGGGAGAGAGAGAAACACCAUGCUGCCGCCUCAUCCCAGCACAAAGCGGUAUGAUUUUGUCGGUGUUUGCUGAUGCUCAGGUUUAACGAAGGGAAGGCACUGCACGUCCAGCAUCAGGUCACUUAAGGCAGAGCAGGAGCCUGAAAGGAAACCAUCCUUCUCUGAAAACUGCUACCAACAGCGCAGUGUCCCCCCGGGGCUCUGGGCCUGUGGGAUGCAGGUGGGGAAAGGCGGGAGGGGCAGCAGGAGCCUGGCUGAAGCAGCAGCAAGGUUGCAGCCAGCAGCCUUCUGCAGGGAAGCUGCGAUUAUGCAAAGCAGCACCUAAGCUGGCAUCUGGUCUCUGAGUCAGGGGGUGCAAAGGUUGUUUGCCAGGGAGCACCCAGAGCACAUAAAGGCUGAGAUCCAGGAAAAAGUCAGGCGUCUCCUGGGACAAGGGUGGCUCGGUAGGUACGUGUGGCUCGGCUUUACUUCAGCAAGCACUGUGGUACAGAACUAUGGAAAUCGCUUGUGGCUGAAGUGGUGUUGCUGAAGAACGGAGGUGAGGUUUUCUACCUGCAAAAUUACUUCAGAGCUAAAGCACAGCAUGUUGAGUGCUGCUGGCAGGCGUCUCGAUAGGAGUGGGCAGCAGAGGUAAAGCACAGCAACCUGCACUGUAUUGUUCGUUUGUGCAUGUGCCCGUACGUAACAAAAUGCAGCUCUGUGACCCUGGUUAUCGGUGAAAUGUGGCUGUGUGGACCUCAGGAUCCGUUUUAUUCUCAUCAGCCAUUCCAACGACACUGGUGGUGCCAUGGAGCUGUAGAUUUGGGGGCACUCAAGGGAUGAUCGUGUGGUGGAGGCUUCUCCAGGCAGCUGCCUGUUCCACACCACAGCCUCCAUCCACGCAGGGAUGCAUCGCACUUGUACUUGGGGAGAGGAGGGGCAAGUCCAUGCUCAGCCCUGCCUGCAAAGGGCACAGUGUGCCUGUGGGGCAAUGAGCACUGCUCAGCUGCAUUUUCACUGUGUGCUGCUAUUAAUCUCGCUAUCUGGUGGUGGGGGAGCACCUCCUUCGUUGUGGGAGGCUGGUGGGGUCCUGCCCCUAAUCCUCCUGCAGAGAAACACCUUUGCCUUUUAACCCUUGGCACAGGUGACUGAGGCAAUCCCGCCAGCUGUCGGUUCCUCCUUCGAGGCCGCUCGUCACCUCAUGGGAGCAGAUACCAGUGUCUCAGAUGGGGUCAGCUCAGCCACGCUUCUGCUGCCUGCAAAAAAGUAACGAGCAAAUCACUUGGAGGCUUUUUACAAGCUUUCUUCCCUCUUACAGCAGAAUUCAACAUGCCCUUUCCUCUCUGUGUACUACCAGGCAUCAAGGGUCAGCCGUAUGGCAGCAGGCUGUGUCUGAUGGCAGAGAUGUGCCUGGGCCAUUCUGUAAAUGCUGGGGAGCUGCAGGAAUGGCUAGGAGAGCCACCAACACCUUUGCCACCUCUUGGCAAUAGUCAAUAAAAAUGCAAUGCCACAGCCCGUAUCUCUUUGGUGUUGGGUGCAGGUAACGCGCUUGAUGGCAUCAUCUGCGUGCUGGACAUAGUAACAUACUUAUUCCAUCAUAUUCCUUGUGUGUAAUACUUAAGUUCUGUGUAACCGUGUAAUUCUGAUGUGAAAACUAUCCCAUUAAUUAUUAAUGCCACCAUCCCUUUCUUCAAAACGUAAAUGCUUCCCUGUUUUUUCUUUUUGCUCCUCCCACCAUGCUGAGACUGCCGCUGCCUUGUCACACAGGGGCAGGGAGUCCCGGGGCACGGAGGGGAGGGCUGCUUGGCGCUUGGCAGCCACACACCUCCCCCCUGGCACCCAGACAGGCCAGACAAACACGUCGGAGUUGGGCGGGGGCAGGCAGGGCACCAGCUGUGCAAAGGCGCUCCGUUAAACGCCCGUUGCGGAAACGCCUAUGGGCUGUGCAGGGACGUGGUGGCUGGAGAGGACCUCCCUGGGGAACCCUCCCGGGCAAAGGGGAGUAGUGGGGGGUCCGGCGUUCCGGCUGCUUUCCCGCUGAUGAUUCCUUUGCUGAGGAUUUGUGGCUGUGCGCUGGGAGCAGCGAGGAGAGAGCCCUCGCAGCUGCAGGAGCGUGGGUGCCCCUGCAUCCCACCCCCACGCUGCUUGACGGAGUGGCACCUCGCUCGGCCGCAGGGCAGGGAGCGUGUCCGUAUGGGGCCUCCUGUGGGAGCACGUUCGGUUUUAUUGACUUUAUGUUAUUUUUGAAUUAAAGCUCCAAAGCUGAAAUGAGAACGGCAGAGGGUGGUGCCGCGUCUUGCAGGGAGGGAAGGGGUCCCAGGUGGAGUUGUUAAAUGGCUCAGGUGGGUUUGGGGGCAGUGCUGCAGAGCAGGAGCUCUGCUGCAGGCUGCAGCCCCUCCCUGGGGUAGGAUGGGCAGGAGUGGGCUCCAGGGUGCGUGGUGGCCCCAGGGAACCAAGGAAGAGGAGGAGGCGGCACUGGCAUAGACAGACCACAAACUACCUGGAGGGACCCGACCCUGCGCUGGCAAUGGCCUCUCACCACGUGGUCACAGUCCAGCCCCAGAUUUUGGUUGCCCCACAGGCAGGCAAGUGGCAGACGGGACUGCUGGACUGCUGCUCUGACUGUGGCGUGUGUAUUUGUGGAGCCUUCUGCUUCCCCUGCCUGGGGUGCCAAGUGGCCAGGGACAUGAAUGAGUGCUGCCUGUGUGGGACCAGCGUGGCCAUGAGGACGCUGUACCGCACCAGAUACAACAUCCCGGGCUCCAUUCUGGAUGACUGCACCGCCAUCAUGUGCUGCCCCAUGUGCACGCUCUGCCAGCUGAAGAGGGACAUCAACAGGAGGAGGGAGCUGGGCAUAUUCUGGUAAACUGGACAUGCUGGCACUGGUUUAUAAAGUCACUGCUGCACAGAGCCGAGUGGUUUCCCAGAGCACCCUGGCACGCUGUGGAGCCGCUACGGGCAGGAGUUACCGCUGCCCUGGCCCUUGGGAAACACACCGCAGGGGGUUUGUCUCGGUUGUGGUUGAUCCCCACCUUCCCUCGAUAAUAUCAUGAAUAAAAAGCAGUUUGUCUUCCUGCC